CGCGGUGCACAGCCUUGGCUUUGGUGUGCAGCCUUUUGAGGUGCUUGGUUCUAGAGGCUUCAUGCCUGUGCUCUCCAGGUGUGAGCAUGCCCUGGGGUGCUGUACCCACCCACCAGGGGGCUGACCCACCACCGUGCAGCCUCAUGCACAAGCUCUUAGCUUUUCAGUUUGCACCUGGGGCUUUUUCAGCUCGUUUCUGCUUUCCUUGGGGGCUCCUUUAGACCUAUGGCUAGUUAGAGGUCUCUUAUUUUAUUUUCAAACGUUUAGGGAUUCUCCAGUUAGCCUUUUGUUAUUGAUUUCUGGCUUUUGAUACAGAGAACAGAACAUUUCUGUCAUUGAAUUCUUACCAACACCCCCGUGGGGGAGACACCCUUUAUUAAUUUGCUUUUGCAGAGCAGGGAAACACUGCUGGUCAUAGCUCCUGGAGGGCCCAGGACUGGCUGUUCUGGAAGCGCGAUGGCAGCCUCCAUCCACCCAGGGUCAGAGGUCCGAGAGCCUACAGGCGGGGAGCCUGUCAGGCAAGAGGCAGCUGCCAUGGGAAGGUGGGGCUGGGAGCCCUGCUCAGGACCAUCCUGGCCUUUCCCUAGCAAUUGCCUCAGCCUGGCAGCCAACAACUUGGACCAACCGGCCCAGCUGCGCCAGUGAGGCCUUGGCCUGGGGGUUUCCUGGCAGACCCUGGUCUGGAGGCCUGCUAUCCUGGCUAUUGGGUGCAGCUCUGAUGGCAGAAACAGCCCUUCUGAAACUGGUUUGCGGGGCCAUGAUGAGUGGCCUGGGAGCCUGCUGUCACAGUCCCGAGUGUCCUAGUAAAGAGGUUGCUAAGUGGAGACACUCCCAGGAAGGGAUAGGGUGUGCAGUGUAGCAGGGGCCGGUGGCCAUGUGGGGCAAGCACGGACAGGCCACAGUGGGGUCUCCAGCCACAUGCCUUCUGGACGCUACACCAGCCCUCAUGUGAUCAAGGCCCGGCUGGCCUACUGUGUGUGUGGGCAUCUGGCUGAAAUCCCAGAGUUAGGCCUGAAGCCCUGGGAUCUCCUGCACUUUGCAGAGGGCCCACGCUGCAGGUUCCCAGCCAGCCCCUGGUGGAGAAGCCUCCAGAAGCCUGCGUUCAGGCCAGAGCGGACUAGACAGUGCAUUGGCCUCAUCCAGCUCCGGGGAGGGUCCUUGCUCACACUUCCACUUAGUGGAUGCCAGGGGUGGGCCUCCAGGCCUCUGAGCAGGACUUCCACUUCCCUCUGCCCCGCCUCUUGGGCCCUGCCAGGCGGGCGAAUCAGAAGGCAGGCCCAAGGACCCACUCCCUCUGGGAGGACCUUCCCGGCUCUGUGGAGCUGAGCAGCACCAUCAGGAAGUGCACAGCUUUUCCUCCUGAGCUCCACUGGGCUGCCAGCAGCACCUCCUGUUCAUCGGAUCAGGCCAGCCUGGGCUGACCAGUGUCCACUGCACAGGUGCCUCUCGAGGACCCUGAGCAUGCAACUGUCCCUGCCAGCUGCUCUCCCACCAAUCGCAGCGGUGGCCGCCACCAUGUCAGACUAUGAGAACGAAGACCAGUGCUGGAGUACCCUGGAGAGCUUCCGAGUGAAGCUCAUCUCCGUCAUCGACCCCUCGCGCAUCACGCCCUACCUGAGGCAAUGCAAGGUGCUGAACCCCGAUGAUGAGGAGCAGGUGCUCAGUGACCCCAACCUGGUCAUCCGCAAGCGGAAAGUGGGAGUGCUCCUGGACAUCCUGCAGCGGACCGGUCACAAGGGCUAUGUGGCCUUCCUUGAGAGCCUGGAGCUGUACUACCCCCAGCUCUACAAGAAGGUCACGGGCAAGGAGCCCACCCGCGUCUUCUCCAUGAUCAUCGACGCAUCCGGGGAGUCAGGCCUGACGCAGCUGCUGAUGAGCGAGGUGCUGAAGCUGCAGAGGAAGGUACAGGAUCUGAGCCAGCUGCUCAGCUCCAAGGACGACCUCAUCAAGGAGCUGCGGGUGAAGGACAGCCUGCUUCGCAAGCACCAGGAGCGCGUGCAGCGGCUCAAGGAGGAGUGCGAAGCUGGCAGCCACGAGCUCAAGCGCUGCAAGGACGAGAACUAUGACCUGGCCAUGCGCUUGGCCCGCCAGAUUGAGGAGAAGGGGGCUGCGCUCAUGCGCAGCCGCGACCUGCAGCUGGAGAUUGAGCGGCUCAAGCACAGCCUCAUGAAGGCAGAAGACGACUGCAGGGUGGAGCGCAGGCACACGCUGAAGCUCAGGCAUGCCAUGGAGCAGCGGCCCAGCCAGGAGCUGCUGUGGGAGCUGCAGCAGGAGAAGACGUUGUUGCAGGCCCGCGUACAGGAGCUGGAGGCCACAGUGCAGGAGGGGAAACCAGACAGGAGCAGCCCCUACAUCCAGGUGCUGGAGGAGGACUGGCGGCAGGCACUGCGCGGCCAGCAGGAGCAAGCCAGUACCAUCCUCUCUCUGCGCAAGGACCUGCGGCAGGGGGAGGCCCUGCGUGCCCGGUGCAUGGAGGAGAAGGAGAUGUUCGAGCUGCAGUGCCUAGCCCUACGGAAGGACUCCAAGAUGUACAAGGACCGCAUCGAGGCCAUCCUGCAGCAGAUGGAGGAGGUUGCCAUCGAGAGGGACCAGGCCAUUGCCACACGGGAGGAGCUGCAUGCACAGCACUCGCGGAGCCUGCAGGAGAAGGACACGUUGCGGAAGCAGGUCCGGGAGCUGGCAGAGAAGGCAGACGAGCUGCAGCUGCAACUGUUCCAGCGCGAGGGCCAGCUGCUAGCUCUGGAGGGCAGGCUCAAGCGGCAGCAGCUGGACAUGCUCGUGCUGAGCUCUGACCUGGAUGACAGCUCACCCAGGAACUCUCAGGAGCUCUCGCUCCCCCUGGACCUGGAAGCCGUCCAGCUCUCGGACAAAGGAGGCCUGGCCAACAAGGACAGCCCACAGCAAUCGUUUGUGGCCCUGCAGGAGGAGCAGCUUCCACUGACCACCAACGGCGCAGGCCUGAGCGGCGGGGAGCCCCCAGAGAAGGAGCGGAGACGCCUCAAGGAGAGCUUCGAGAACUACCGCAGGAAGCGCGCCCUCCGGAAGAUGCAGCACUGCUCGAGGCAGGGCGAGGUGGACUGGGAGAACACCACGGGCAGCGACAACACGGACACCGAGGGCUCCUAGCCGGCCCUGGCGCGCCGGCGGGCGUGCUCGGUGUGCGCGGGGCGGACGCGGGCAGCAGUGUCAGAAAUGCAUAAUAAACCACCGCGGUCCCGCCAC